CUUGCGCAACAUCAGCACCAGUGACAAACUACAGCACAUCACACCACACGGUGCCAUGUCAUAGCAGCCCACCCCACGCAAGUCACAAGUACAAAUCGUCAAAUUUCACACAGGGUCCCCACUGUUACACAGAACAGCCUCGCUCUCCUCACUUUUGUUGUUAAAUCCACAAGCCUUGUGUGUGUGUGUGUGUGUGUAGCCUGUGUGUGCGUAAGCAGCAAGAGUAAACCCAGGAUUGUUGGGGGAUUACUUCCAUGUGAUUGGAGUCAUAAGGUUUUAUAAUUCGAUGAGAACAUGAAAGUCCCACAAGAUGAUGACAUCUCACAAACAGAGAGGGAGCUCACGUCACCACCCUCCCCAAAACGAUCCAGACCUGAGUGUAGAGUGAUGAAUGACCACAGUGGGUUAAGCAAGUUCGACUUUCCAGAGCUUUUGACAUUUAGGAAAACUAAUCAUUCCCCAUCAUCAGCAAGUACCCUGCAGAAAACCGAAGGCCCGAUUAGCACAUUUGAAUGUUUGGAAGAUGAGAAAUCUCAGGAGCGACCACAAGACACUAAGUCUGACGUCAGUCCUAAUACUGAGGUGACUUCAUACAAUAAGAGUACACACGUGGAAUCAUCUAGAGUGUGUUUUGUUCCCACUGAGGGCUACCUACUCCUGGGGAAAGAGGAGCAGCUUCCAGUUACUGAAACAGACAAACUCAGCUUUUACCAGUCAGAUGAUACAGAUGGUUCAUUAGGAGAGUCUGCCACCAUAGCCAGUACUAACACAUCCAGUCAUUCUGAUGGCAGGCUACCAGGGACAUCCCUUAAAGAUCAAACCCCUGGUGGUUGCAGUCCUUCCACUGGAAAUGAAAAAUAUGGGAGACAGGUACAAAAAAAUGUCAAUGAAAUGCAUACGAGAAAUGAAGAGGUCAGAUGUCAGCCUAAUUGUACUAAUAAAGAGUCAGUCUGUGACGUAGGUUACUGUAGCACAAGGAACCAAUUUGCUGAAGUUGUAGAGACGACUCAGAAGAGGACUGAACCUGAGUUUAAUGAGUAUAUUGUUUUCACUAAGGAAGAGAGUGAGAGUAAGAGAUCUUCCAGUGAUUAUGCAGAUUCUAAACCACUCUGUUCAGACCCUGUAGAAGAGCCCUCUGGGAACUUGGUAGAAGCUGGGAAAAAGGAAAAAAAUGAUUCAGGAUUACAGUUCUGUGAGAAAGAAAAUGUUUCUGUCUGUGAUGGGAAAACAGAAGGCCAAGUUAAUAAGAAAGCCCUCAUCCUUUUUGCUGCUGUAUGCGGUGAAGGAUCAAUUCUUUCUCAUGAUGUGAUGUUAGAAAGAAAUCCUGCAAAUGAGAGCCCGAAUCUCGAUGUUGAUGACCUCUGUGGGGAAAAAAGAGCGGAUGGUGCUUGCAAGAUAAUAGCCAAAGCUCAGAGUGAAACAGCUGAUCACACAACAGUGACUACGUUGCCGGCUAGAAUCAGUCAAGAGCCGGCUGAAGGAGAUAAUGAUGAAGGCCCUUUCCAUGUAAUUGACCCUGCGAUCUGUAGUGAAACUGACAGGGAAGCUGAAGAAAACUGCUGUAACUCAGCAAGCGCUGCAGGUCCCAAAUUAUCUCCAUCAGUAGAAGUCGACAAGAUGGAAAUGCCUCUUCCACUCCAUUCCCACAUGAGGACAUCAGAAAAGGUUUCAUGUCCCGACCGGACAGAGUGCUUUAAUAAUGAAAGCAGGACAUGGCAUCAGGAAGGUGCAAACGAUGACUUCUGUCAGGCAGGACUACAGUCUUCUUCCGUCACCACCAAUGAAACGCACAAGACUUUCACUGAAUGUGACUGUCAAUGGAAAUCCAGGUUCAGCAGGAGCCCUACAAAGCCUCUCCCUCCUGGGGAUCAUGCAAUACAAGGAAGCCACGGUUCCAUGGGACAUGAGUUCAAAGAGCAGAGUCGCUCCAGCUGUUUUUCUGUCAGGCUUGACCCCCUGGAGACGUCGGAAGUCGAACAUUCACAGAGAGAAAUUGACAGCGUGGACAUGACAGCUGUGAUAAAAGAAAGCAAAGAAAUCUGUUUUGUGAAAGAAUUGGAGAUGAAUGACUAUAUGAACCCGAAGAGGACAGUGGAGUUGGAGGAAAAACCGCUACUGCAGAAUGGACAGCACAAGGAUAACACAACUGAACUUCUUACUUGUGAUUGCAAGGCUGAAUGCAGCGAGGGUGAAGCACAUGAAUGGGACAGUGAAUUAAAGCUCACUGAAACCGAACAAAGAAGCAAGCUCGAGCGUUUGUCUGACCAACCAUUCAGUGCUGAUAUUUCCAUGACAGAAGUGGGAGAAGAGGAAAGAAAAGAAGUGACAGAAGUUGGAGACGAAAUGAAAACUGAUGGGCCUGAAAACUCAGCAACACUGGUGCAAUCUGAGGAUUAUGUUCAGCAGCAAAAUGACCACAAAGCAGACGUGACUCAACUGUCAUCUGGUGAUGGCGCUGAUGAAUGGACAGAGUGGAGCACAUUGCCCUUGGGAAGCGAAGAUGGACAAGAACACAAGCUUAGUUGUGUCUCUGAUUGCCAAGACAAAGCUGAAAAUAAAGCUGACUUUUCAGCCUUCAGUUUUUCUUCAACAAGCGAUGCAGUCGUACCGUGUCAGGGCAAUUUAAGCCAUUCACAGAAGGCUCACAGUAAUCCCACUUCCAUAAACUGCAUUGACAGAUUUUCCCCAUUGCCAUCUGCUCUCUGUAACCUAGUGCCGGAGGGGUUUGACACUUUCGAAAAGAUCCAACUCUCACUAGAUGAUGAUGACGCCACUGGAGUGGGCAACAUCCCUGUCCUCGUCAGCUCGCCUGGGCAGCUGCUAUACCACUUUAUGUCAGUGGCAGAAAGCAACAUGCGUGAGAGGAUACCAGAAGAGGAGGAGUGUAUCACUGAGAACAUGGCAAACAGGCUUCUUAGCAGUGAUUCUGCCUGUAAUGAACUCCCAAACUUCAUCUUAGGAGCAGAUGCCAUUGCUCUCGAAUGGCCCGAGCGAGAGCCUAACUGUGAAUCGGUCCGUGAUUCCUCUGAGCACAUUCAGGAUGAAUUAAACCCAGAGUUAAUGUCCCCUACUGUUUCCGCUGAGAGUGACAGCCCUGCCUCUGGUGUGAACAGCUGUGCUGAGUUUGAAAUGAAAAACCAGUUCGACUCGGUCUUGAAAGAGCUGAAUUUGUUUUUUGAGAUCAGUAGAAAUGACUUUGAAAGCGACUGCAAAGCAAACUUCAUCUCGCCUGAGCAGUGCACUGACAGAACUAAAGUCUUGGAAGGCAGCGCUUCAGAACGGACAGAGCGUCUCACCAGUCCAGACGUGGGACGCCACAGAGGCGCUGCAUCAGAUGAUGUUGCCGAGGACCACAGCCUGGACAUGUGUGAAGGUGAUCCGGUGGUUUCUCGGACUGCUGUCAGUAGUGACGGAGAGCAGGAAGUGCCUCUUAGCGGACACCUGUGCCGGGAAGCUCCUGUUGCAGAGAAACACAGAGAGCCCCGGGAGAUGGAGCACAAACAGGAAGUGUGGUCUCCAUCCUUUAUGUGUUUGACUCUCAUGGAACAACUGAGCCACAGAGCUCCUGAGCAGCCCAGGAGACUACAGCCGCUGAAAACAUGUGCACGGCCGAUCCGGGUUGGACUUUCAAAGAGAGCCAAGACCAAACACCUGCACCGGCCCCGCCCCUACAAGUGAGCGUUGGACAUGAGGUUGGGUGAAGUGUGCGAGUGUAAACAACCUCGUGUGAAGCUUUGUGAUGCAGUGUUCACGACCUCGAGGGUUAUUAUCGGAUUUACAGCGUUCCUGUUAUCUUUUCCUGAGUUGUUGAGGUUUCCGUACAUUUUAGUUCCCCCGUUAUCCAAAGAUGUUUGGGUCCAUAAAAUAUCCUGACAAGGAUUCGUUCUUAGUAUUUCUCCACAUUGUCCAAGCCGGAAAAAUAUUCAGGUUUUUAAUGGCAAAACAUUUAGAUCUUUAUGUAUUUAUUAACUUAUUGAUAUACUGUAUUUAUCUGCUUCUUUCUAGCUGUAUGGGUGUGGUGUGUUAUCUUUGCAUUCUGCUGUUACUGUUCUCCUGUUAGCUGGAGUUCAGUACUGAAACUGCUUUAUUUAUUCAAAUAUGUUUCUG